UCCCUUUCAACAAGGAGGAUGUUGCAUCCGAGUGACUAUUAUCGUCUUCUUGGGCAAUGGAAAUUAAUCUUAAUAGAUGCAAAAAAUGUCUCCGGGGUUUUACAUGUCAGGAUCAUCCCCAACUCUGAUUAAGGAAUUGCACCCUAUUGUUGGUACCGAAAAUGUCCAUCAUGCAACCUGAUAUCAUGAAUGUGAUGAUUUGGUAAUAGCGUAGUUAUUUACACGGUAAUUGCUUGCAGUUAUUGGUGAAUAGCAGAUCUGGUGGAGUUUCAGAAAUGCUACAAGGAUCCGGUAUCUUGGGUCAUGACAGGCCCCUGGUCAUCAGGGUUUCAUUCAGCACCUGCGUUGUUGGCACUGUGGGCCUACCGCUGCUUGGGCUAAUAACUUGUGUUUUCAUAUCCUCUGUUUUUCAUUAUGAGGACUCUACUGGUACACAUUGCCAGGUUCCUAAUUACCUGCCAUCCAUCAGUGCCUCAAUAAGCCUGAAUCCUGAAUGUCACAUAUGGCGGUUCUGUAUUGGACUGCACUCAGCACCGAGGCUGCUGGUGGCAUUUACCUACUUCAAAUUCUACAAGACACGUUUUGCCUCUAAGUUCCCUGAGAGUUUGCUCAGUUGCCUCAAUCUGGCCUUUUCCCUUCUCGAAAAUCUCGGCCUCUUGCUCCUCACAUACGUGUCAUCUAGUGAAACAUACUUUGUACAUAAAGAAGGUUUUGUCCUCUUCCUUGUCAGUUCCACUAUCCACAUGUUGAUAACCUGCCGUUUAUGGAAGACCAUUAAGAAGUAUUCAUUAAGUCCUGAGGAUGCAAAGUCUCACUAUUGGAAAGUGCGCUUCUUACUUCUCAACUUAUCCUUCUGUGCUUUUGCCGGAUUCUUUUUUUGGAAACACAACGUGUUCUGCGAAUCAGGGAGUUACACAUUAUUCGCCCUGUUUGAGUAUCUAGUGGUCUUCUCCAAUAUGGCCUUCCAUCUCACAGCAGUUUGGGACUUUAAGAGCCGGGAGGUCAUGGUCAUAUCAUCCUCAGAAGAUAAAGAAUUCUGAAUAAACUCAAGGACUGAGUGCAACCACACAUCCACCUGAUGUGAACAGCCUUAAUCCUGCCCCAGGGGAAGAGUGGGAUGAAGGCCUUUUCCAUAUAUUUCCAUUAUGUACUUUUGUCAAUUGAGUGAACUAUAAGUGAAUUUUCUGCCUCAGUGUCUCAUCAUUCGAUGCCUUGACUCACAUGCAAUGACAAAUACAGUACACUAUUCCAUGUUAUGUGACAUUUGAAUAUUUGUACACUGCAAAUACAAAGUCGUCAUACUGUACAUUUGUUGAAAUUAAGUGACAGUCCUUCAAUUACGUUUGGCCUUCUAUUUGAAAUACAAAAAAGGGGUAAAUAUAUAUUAAUUAUUAAGUAAAGAGUGACAUGGUGGAAAGCAAAGUCUCCUUGUGGUCUUUCCUUUAAGUCUCAAAUAGGGUCAACACACAAAAACAAUGGUUUCUGACACUAUUUCACACCAUACACCAAAAAAAUCGAGUGCCACUUCAGGUACAGUUGUAAAAUAUCUGCACUUGCAACAACAAUAUAAUUGUUAGCACUUGAACUUUAUGCAACAUUUCACGAGUGUGACAUUUUCUGUACUACAUGUGACCUUCAUGGCCUGUUGUAAAUCUGCGCAAUAUAUUAUGAUCACACAUCAGUUACCUAACUGACACCCAAAAGUUCAUGCAGCUGGAUAGACCCAGCAGCAAGCACACAUUUCUGCAAUUUUUUUUAGAUAUUUCUAAAAGCGCCUUAGAUAUACUUGUGUUAUUUUAUGUAACACUUUGCCAUGUAAGAAAUUCGAGGUAAGUGUAAUUUAAAUAUGUGGUUUGGUUAUAAGGGAAUGGUAUACACCAUAGCAACAUUUGAAUGCUCAGAAGCCUCUUGCCAUCCUCCUCCCUAAACUCAGAACCUGAUGAUGCAAGUACUGGCCAAGCACUAAAAAGACAUUUCAUUGUGUUUGCAAUAUGUUGAUCAUAAUAUUUACUGUACAGCAAAACCUGGAAAACUGUAAUGUUACUUUCUUAAGGUUCCAACCCAUAUUGUACAUCAUGUAUGUAGGCUGUUUUUCCAAAUAAAAGGUGCAUACAAAUGUAAAGGCUAAGAUGGCCGGCAUAGUUCCAUUAU